GGUGAAUGUCAGAUUUUUAAUUUCGUUCUCUCGCGUUCGCACCGAGUGACGAAUGACGAUUCCCCGGACUGUUUAUAAUUUAUUUCCUGCCGAUUAACAGUAAAAAAAUCGGCAUAAUACUGUCUUUAUUUUAUCAAAAACAUCAACUUUGAGGUCACAAUCAGUAGUCAGAUAAGACAGACUCAUUUUCCUGUGCCAAAUAGGAAGAAAGUAUAGUGUUUUCUAAGCGCGCUUCUAAUAAAAUUACGCUCAAUAUACUUAAUCAAUCACUGAAAAAUGAGAACUGAUUAAUGCGAUUUUUCCGCACGUGAAAACCGACGUAACAAGUGGUAACAAGACUGUGUUCAAAUUGAUUGAAGACGUCGUGUUUAUAAAUUGAAGAAAAUGGAUAAAAUUAAGUUAUUGUGGUCAAAAACCAACCGGUGGCAUAGAGGUUUCUUCGUCUUCCUGCUAGUAGAAUUGCGAGUGUUCCCGGAACGUCAGCUGGGAUUCCAGUGCAAUGACCCCGCGCUGUCACAUCCUUUCACGGGAGAUACCAUCAGUUGGAAGCUGCUGUUGGCUACCACUGUUAUACUGCCUUUAGUUGUUAUGCUUCUAGUAGAAAGGAAAUACCACAAUGACAAGUCAGGGAAGUCAAAGCAAGCUAUGUUCUGGUUCAAGGAGUACUUAUUUGGACUGCUCGUCAAUCUUGGGACCGUGCAGACUUUGAAGCUCCUCGUGGGGUCCCCUAGACCCCACUUCUUUGAUACUUGCAGCCCUAAGGAAGCUCUCACUUGUCAAGGGACAGAAUACGUACCAAAAUACACAUGUACGAAGGCGCACUGGAUCAGCCAAUCAGACAAGAGUUUUCCGUCCGGACACACGUCGCUAGCCGUUCAUACGGCGAUAUUUCUCGCUUACUACCUAUACCGACGUACAAUAACUCGCAGCAACAAGAUACUACUGCUACAAGUGGUGCUGCUGUUAUCUGCAGCCGUGUGUAGCGUGUCUCGCAUGUGGGACCACAGGCAUCACUGGUGGGACGUGCUCGCUGGCGCCACUAUAGCCAUACCCGUGCUGCUCUACACUAUUUAUUCCUUGUGUGAUAACUUCAACUGCAAGAUGGCGGCCGUCGACUGCCCAUCCAAAGAGGAAUCUGAUGUUGUCGAUACGCCGCUUGUAAGCCCCAAAGAGACGUAGUCAAUUAUUUAUUACAAGUAAAACUAUAUUAAGUAAUAACGCUAGUUUAGAAAAAAACAAGCACCCUAAUUCGCAAAAAUUGUUAAGUUUUUGUAUUUUUUUCUAAGCAUAUGAGUAUGAUUUGCUGCAUUAUAAAAAACUUUCCAGAUAGUUGUGACUACGCAAUGUAUAUCAUUGAAUUCUCAAAAUGAAAGUUUUUUUUAAUUUGAUUAGGGUGCUUGGUUUUUUAAACUAAUACAUCUGAAACAUUACCAGUACAUAUUGAAAGGGUAUGCCUAAACUUUCAGUGAUCUUCAUACUUAAAGAUACCAGUUUUGACAGUCUGUGUAUUUUUGUGAUAAAAUAUCAUAGUUACAUGAAAUAGUUUUUAUUUGUGGGACGUUAACAAAAUUAGGGAUAUGGCUAUGUCGCAAAAAUAUUUUUUUAUCAGAAUGGGUCUUUGAAACUUGGUCUGGCAAAAAAAUUGUGAGUUUUCCACUACAGACUUUCAGUUAUCAAGGGAAUUUGGAAUAUCAAUGAGUCGUUUUAAACCGAAAACGUUGAUUUUUGACAGUGUGUAAUGCUGGUCAUUGCCUCCAUUAGUCCAAUUUAAUUUAUAUUUUUAGACCAAUUUAUUUAUUUUUAUUUCUAAGCUUAAACGGUAUUAUUUUGUGAUUUCAAAACCUGGUUUUUAGAGAUUAGUGUAUUAAAUACAUUAAAUGUAUGGGGACGUAUAUGUAUAGUGAGUUUUUAGAGUGCAAUUUGUGUUACGUGGUUAAAGCAAGUAGUUACGUAAAUGCUUCAUUGUGCACAUUACACAUUAUUAUAUGUAUCAUUAUAUAGUUCAUCAUUAUGUAUUAAGUAGUAACUUAAAAUUAUAUUCAUUACUGGAUUGUGUGACUCUGAGUCACGCUCACGACAAAAUGGUUAUCUGAAUAAUACCAGACGAUUAUGUAUAUUCAAAAACUACAAAUAAUCUUAGACUACAGUAGUAUAUGUAGGUAUGUUAGAUUAAUGAAUAUUUUCUCACGGUUAACCAUUUAACAUUUCAUUAUAAAAAAUGUGAUAAAUAAAAUAAAAGAUUGACCCGUUUGACUGCUAACAGUAGUUUUCACGAUAGAAGUUAGCCUGUAUCGAAUAACGACAAAAAAAUAUAAUAAUGCUGCUUCGAAAGGUAAAUUACAUAAUAAUGAAUAAUAUUUAAUAGUGUGACAUGAUCAUGCAAGCGCCUUUACUAUAUUAUAAGUGAAAAUGCAAUAACUUGUACCAAUUGUGAACUACACCAAAUAGUACAUUGUAUAUUGACUAAGAGAAACUAAUGUUUAUUUUGUAUGAGAUGUAUUUUUAUUUAUUUUUUAUCAUGCAUGUAUUAAAAGUGGUUUAUUUUUAA